GACUUCAUCAAGGACAGGUAACCACCCGCUCAGCUCACAUCACAUGUGUGGUAGAGGCAGAGGAAGAGCACGCAGAUUCUCGCUCUGUCAGAUUUUAACUUGCAUGUUUUGUAGCAUCUCCCGGGGACAAACAGAUUCUUAAACAGACGAGCUAUUCACCAUGACCCCAAAGGGAGGAACCGGUUUCUUUCUACUCCUAAUGGCUUGUAUAACCUUGGCUAUGCCUGCAGCUGUGAAACCCGCAAAUAAAGUUGACCACAUGGACAUUUGCAAACAACUGAUGAUGAAGUGCCUGGAUAAGGGAUACCCUAUUCCUCAGAUGACAGAUCUGACACCUAUCUUCAACAACAGUGACGUGCCUGCCGACGGCAGAAACAGUGACCAAUCCAACACCCUUCUGUCCACUUUUCUUGAUGUCCUCAAUUUAGUCCCUGGGGUCAAAGAUAGAAACACACGUAGUCUUCUCUUCAUGGAUGUUACCAAACAAAUGACAAACAAGAUGUGGAAUUCCAGCCAGCUUUCAGCCGUGAUCAAGCUGAUGAGAAACUCUUCGAACCCGUCCAUGUGUUAUAUCCAAGCAUUUAUGGCCCCCAUGUCCUGGGCAGCUUUGACCGGAGAAGGUGAAAACAACAUUGACGCAAAUGAAUACGACACACUGCUGUGGGCAGCCAAACCUGUGCUCCAGGAUGUACGCUCUUCAAGAAUGAGCCUUCCUGGAAAAGUAAAGGCUGAGCACAUAAAAAAAAUGAUGAACAUGCUGCAGGACGUGUAUGAUCUCAUGUCUGAGGAUGAAAGGACUGUGGUGGUAGACUGGGCAAAAGACCAGAUCACACAGAACUUCUUCAACUGUACGAUGAGGAGGCCUCCAUCUGACGCAAACUCCAGGUCUAUGGAUUACUGCAAACCUUCAGUGAGGUGGCUGGAUCUUGACGCACUCACCAUGAUGGGUCCUUACAUUUCCUAUUUAAGACCAGAUGAUGUCGAUUCUUCUCCCAAAGAAAAGCUGUGUGAAUUUUUCAAAUCAGCUCAGUGGUCCAAGUCCACCAUGAGGACAACCCAGAUGAACCCCAGCCUGAGCAAGAAGUUUCUCAAUAAAAUUCAAGAGUGCUACAGUGGAGAGAGAUUUCCAGAGCACGCAGAUAAGCUCGGCCCACUGGCUUGUUAUUACUACAACCCCCCGAACUUGACUCCCGACCUCAGCCAGAAACUUCUCUCUCAGCUUGAGGACUGUGACAACCCGCUUAUCACGAAGCUGAAGAAGCGCCUUGUCAACAUUGUGAUGUCAAACACCAGCAGUGCUCCAGACCUAUGGCAACUGGGUAGUAGUGUUACAUUACUGACUUCCAAACAAUUGUCUGAAAUCCCCGGAACUAAGCUCAAAGAGGUCCUCCAAAAUCUGAGAUCUGAUGUCCAAUGGAAGCCGAGUCAGCUGCACGCUCUGGUUAAGAAACAGCUGUCGGAUAAGAAGUGUAACGAGGUGCCAGGUGAGGAACUGAUGGCCCUCCAGUCAGUUGCGGAAGGUUUGCCGAGUUGCGUGUUCAAGCAUGUGAAAGCGCAGGACUUCCUGAACGACACAGAGGCCCUGGUGAACAUUUCCAAGCGAAUGAGGAAGGGGCAGUUGAAGGCCAUGCUGCAGGGGCUGCGUGGAGAUGUGAAUGCCUCACAGCUGGUGCAGAAGUUGUCCGGCCGUUUGCUUCGCAGCGUUUCUCUUGACAACCUGGACAAAGCGAACAUCACCACACUGGACCAAGUUGAGAAUAAAACCUGGAGUCUGCCACAGGCAGCAUUCCUGGCUACGAAGCUGCAAAAACUAAAGCAGCUUAAGUAUAGGAGGCUGCAUUCAGUCCUUCAGGGCAUAACCUGCAAGAUGAUUGACAACGCUGCCGACAGCGAUGCACUGGACAUAGCUCUGGCCAUGACAGAGACACAAGAAUGGCUCUCUAAAUUUCAGGCCGAAUGCGCUGCUGAGAAGCUUUUUGAGACUUUGGAGAAAGAGAGAAGCGACUUUUUUAUAAACAUCACCAAAGAGGAGCUGGAUAUGAUUCCCACAUUGUUACUUCUUCGCCUGUCGCCUUGGAAGGUGAAGGAUUUACCCGACUCCGUGUGUCCUGUCUUCCUUAACAAGAUGGAAAUGGCCAAUCUGAGCUCCCUGCCUCUUCGCUCCCCGUCCCGUCCAGCACUCACUCAGAGAGCUCUGCUUUGCCUGACCAAUGGGACAGAUUUAUCUGGGCUGACUACUGCGGAUAUGUUCAGGCUCGGCCCGCUAUUGUGCGAGCUGCAGCCGUCCCAGCUGCGUCUCCUGGCCCCUGUCGUCCUCAACUCCAGCCUCCAGGCCAUGGCGUCCUGCCAGCACAUUCCUCAGCAGCACAGAGAAGCUCUAAUUCAGCUGGUCAACCAGACCUUUGGGAAUUCGUAUGACUGGUCAGCAGAGACCGUGGAAUCCCUGGGUCCCCUUCUUCUUCUGGAUGAUAAUGCCGUAUCGGCUCUGCCUAACAAACCUUGGAUGAAGGAUGUCCUUUAUUUCCUGAAGUCACGCCUGCCCCGUGCCUCAGACGCCCUCAAAAAGAAACUCUUUAAUCUCACCACCUCCACCUCCGCCUCCACCGCAGCACGUAAAAAGAGACAAGCUAACACUGGCACCGGUGCAGAACCCACUCAGGCGUUGAUCGAAGAAUUGGGAGUGGACAAUGUCUACUGGACAGCAGCACAGCUGGGCGCAAUCUCAAAUGACACAUUCCUGGCUACUGUAGAGACACUUGGUGCAGUUCCUGACUUCAGUGCAGAGCAGCUGGAUGUGCUUAGUCAAAAAGCAGUAGAGGCCUUUGGUCCAGUGUCGCAGAUGACUGAGAGUGUGGUUCUGCAGCUGGGAUGCAUAACUCAAGCUUUCCCCAACUCCGACCUGGAGAAUCUCCCCUUCGCUCUGGACUCUCUGGAGGAAAUUGCCCGCUGUGGCUGGAGAGACUCACAGCUGCAGCCGGUGUGGAAGGGUGUUGCUAAAUAUAACAACCUGACAGCGCAGCAGCUGGGAGCUCCAGAGAUGGUAGCGCUGAACCGGUUCAUCUGUGGCCUAAACUCCAACGAGAUCAGUCAGCUCAGCACGGACGCCUUCAAAGAUGCCGUGGGCUCCCUGAAUGGUCUCCACUGCUCCUACCAGGCCAUCCAGCAGUUUAAAAGUCUGGCUGUGGCUGCGUAUGGAGAUCCCGACACCUGGACUGCAGCACAAGUGUCAGACUUGGGCAACUUUGUUGCUGGUUUGGAUGCCGCUGAGUUGGCUUCUUUGGACUCAUCAGUCUUGCCAUUUUUGAGCCAGUCUUCUAUUCCACUCAUUCCUCCAAAAAGCCUCGCUGAACUCUCCGCCGCUCAGCUUAAAGCCCUCGGGCCCGACAACGCUGCUAUGGUGACCAGUGAACAGCAGGCUGCACUGACGGAGGAUCAGCGUGCUUCCCUUGAAAAGGCUGCAACCGGGUCUCGUGACCGAUCUCAACCAGUCCCGACCAAUGUGGAGUCAGGAGCUCCAUCCCUGAGCGUGGAGGGGAUCUCCGCCUACAUGAAGCCCCUCCUGUUUCUUUUCAUGGGUUUCCUGCUGCUGUGAGAGCAGAGUCGCUGCACCUGCAGGAGCUUUAGUUAAGCACAAAUACGUAGCCUCCUCUUCUGAGACGUUAUCAUUGUUACACACUUAACACAGCUCUUCCUAAUGUAGCUUACUUGUGCUGAAGGCAUGUGUUGCGUAGAUUAAUUGCCACCCAUAAUUCAUGUACGAUUGUAGGAAUGUGGCUAUAGUACUCAUCAACUAACUAUAAGAUGUGUAAGAUUCAUUUAGUUUUCAGUUUUAAAUCAUCUGUUCUAUAUUUCUAAGAAAGUAUAUUUUAACUAACUGAAGAGAAAUAAUGUCUGAUACACUCCGUGUGGGUCUAUUAUUAGAUUGAUUUAAUAUGUACAUCAUGACAAAUUACUGAAUUCAAUAAAGACUACUAAUAUACACA